UUGACGAUACCACAAUUUCGCAGACGAUUAGAAAGAAAAAAGAGAGUUAUAUCCAAGCCGCUGUUGACAUCCUGGCAAACCGUGCGUCCGUAGAUAACUUUUUCAACUUAACGAGACGAGAUGCAAGGAACUGCGUAUAAACUUCAACACUAACAACACCACUUUAUUCGAUCCAGUUGUUGUUGAUGGUAUGCCUAUUGAUCUAGCUGCCAGUGCCAAAAUAGUACGCCUCAACAUAUCCAAGGAUUUGAGAUGGAACUGCCACAUUUACAACAUUAUCAAGAAAGCCAAGAGGCGCUUGUAUAGCUUAUCUCAGCUUAAACGCUCUCGGUCUUGGUAUCCGUGAGUUAGUUCGGUUUCAGGCCUGCACUUGCACUCGUCCGAUCACGGAGUAUGCAUGUCAAGUACGUCUUUCAUAACGGUCUCCCCAUAUGCCUCUCCAACGAACUUGAAGAGUACAAAAACGGGCUAUGCGAAUCAUCUUUCCCUUUUGCUCGUAUAACGAGGCAUCGGCUAAAUCAGGCCUAAUGAAACUUUCAGACCGCUGUCAGGAACUAGUUGAUAAACUAUUCAAGAAAACUAUUCAGAGCGAACAGAACAAGCUUCAUGACCGGCUUUACUCUACCUUUAAUACAAAUACUUUGAACAUAAGAAACAAACGGAAGUUUAGGCGCGUGUUCAAGACGAACAGAUUUCGCAACAGUUUUAUCAUUUUAAAUGCCCUUUUAACCUAAACUUUUUCUACUAGACUUUUAUACUUAUUCGACAUAUUUUAUUUACAAACGUAACAGAUAUACAAAAACAAAUUUUUUUGCAAACUUAUUAUAAACUACUGGUAGUCCUUUUAAUGUAACUAUUGAUAUAAUUUUUUUUAAUAAUCGCACAAUUCAAUGUUUUAGUUGCAAACGGUGAUAAACCAUUUAUCUUAUCUAUUAAUCUCUCCCUACUUUAGCUGAUUUUACAGAUUUCUGGCUAGGAGCGUUUAAAUUAUCUUUCGCUCAUCUUGUGCCACAGCUAUAUUCUCCUAUGUUUUCUUUGAAAUUUUGCGCGGGAAAUUGACACGCAGGCGGCCAAAAUCGAUCCCCCUGCGCAUGCCAAAAGUUUGACCGCUGAGUUGGAGUUAAUGUUUUAUCGCAUGUCGCUCAAAAAUUUAACACAACAUAUAAAAAAAUGUGCUGAAGAAAUUAAAAUUAAAAAAAAAAAAAAAGAGUUUCCUAAUUUUUUCAAAUUUAAAAAUAUCCUUAUAUUUGUAUAAUUUUGCAGGAUGGGCUCGUACACUCCGAUUUUUAGGUGUUUCCAAGCAGCCCCAAUGUACUGUCGUUGUAGCGUCCUAACCACUUUGCCGUCGAUAACGAGUACAGUUUCCACGCAUUCACCUUAAAAAAAUUAUUUACGAAGACGAGAGUAAUUAGGAAAGCUUGCAACGUGUUGCGAAAUAAUUUAAGUGUAAAAAAUAAAAAUUCCAUGUCCAACGAGUGUUGCUUACGAACAUGCGCAGUUAAGAUAUGUUCUAAGAUGACGAGUGUUCCUUGAGAAUAAGAUAAAAAAAAAGAGUUUGUAUCGACAGAGUAUCUUACCUUUAAUAUGUUUGGCCCAUACUGUAUUUUGAAUUAAUUUUUCUUUUACAUUACGAACUAUAGGAAGUACUUAUGUUUCAUCUCGUCAUAACAUGAGCAGUAUCUGUUUAAAGUACAAAAAAUGGGAGCAAAUGAUUGCACAAUUUUUCUAGUUUCAUUUCCUUUGUAAGUAUCAAAGCUAAGCAAAGUGCGUCUAAGAAAUAGUCCUUGAUGCAUUUAAAUCCUUUUCUGUAGGAAUAAUACGUCUGCAAAACCCAGCAGUCUGUAAUUAGACUAGAAUAUUUGCAUACAUUAGCGCAAACCGGAUAAGUUUUAUUAACAACGAUGAUUGGACAAAGGAGCCUAUCAAUUCAGUUUCAAAUUACAACAAACUUUUGGGGGAGUUUGCUGAUGUGAUGGACGAGUAACCUUUUUGACACUUAAUCUUAUCUCUCUGUAACUUACUGAAAUGACAAAGAGCGCGUCAAACGAAGGUUUGCACAGAUAGACAGCCGGCCGGGUUUUUAUAUUCCUGUGUAAACAGAGGAGAUGAAAAGAUUUUAACACCUAAACCUAGUGUAAAUUUUAACAUGCGGCAAAUGUCUACGUAUCUGCGGAAAUUAUUGAUAGACUAAACACGCGCAUCGUUACAAGACAUAUCAGGCUUACAGUUGUCUUGUUUCGUACGUGUUUCAAUUCUUCGUAAAUUCAAUUUUAAAAUAUUUUGCCUCAGAUUGAACGACUUCAUUCAACAACAACCCAGAAAAGAUUCAGAUCACAAUGGAAAAAGGAUAUAUCAAAGCACUGAAUGUUAGUAACCCAACCGAGAGGUUUGUAUGCGGAGACAUCGGAUUCUCAGGUCUUAAAAUGGUUCCCUUUCCUCAAACUGAUUUGUUCCGCUCCGUGACUCUAGUGCUGUGUGUUCUAAACGGUGUUACAUGUCCGUUAACAAUCGUUGGCAACGUCUUAGUCUUUAUGGCUGUGCUCAGAAAGCCUCAGCUUGUAAAUGUAGCAAAUACCUCCAUUUUGUGCCUUGCGUUGACAGAUUUGACGGUUGGCGCGUUUGUUCAACCUUCAUAUAUUAUUUAUCAAACAAGCAAACUGACCACUGCUUUCGCUGACUUUCCGUGCGACAAGCUACUUAUUUACUCGUUCUCUGGAGUGAUAUGUAUCUGCAUGUCGUUUCUGACAUUGAUUUUGAUCUCGCUUGAGAGAUACAUGGCAGUAUUUUAUCCGUAUCGUUAUGUUGAGAGGGUCAACUCCAAAUGUCUGAUUACAGUCACUGUCACAAUCUGGGUGAUCUCGAUUGGAACACUGCUAACUGUGAGAUUCUUGUUCGGGAUAAACAGCAAUGAGGAAAUAGGAGUGAUAUCUCUCGUAAUAAUCGCAAAUUUCAUCAUCACGUCGUUUGUGUACUUUAGGAUAUUUAGGCUGGUCAAGCGCUGUAACGCCCAGGUUAACGUAGAGUUGUCACACAACACUUUCGCAUCCUCUUCCCAAGAGCCUUCUUCACCAGGGAACUCGAGUCCUCGAGAAGCCAAAGCAUCCAAGACAGUGGCGUUUGUGGCUGGAACUUUGUUCCUGUGCUUCACACCGACCCUCUGUGCCACCAUUGUCGACCAGGCUGGCUUAGCACCAAGAAACCUUUUAUAUCACGUGAUUUAUCCUAUUGGCGAGACAGCAGUUCUCUUGAACAGCUGUCUUAAUCCAGGAAUUUACGUUUGGAGAAAUAAGGGGAUUCGAAGCAGUCUGCGUGAAUUUUUAAGUUCUUGUAAAAUCACAGCCAGCAAUUAAAGGAAAUUGAAGAAACAAAACAGGAUG